CUGGCGCGGCAGAGACAGACGCACAGUGCAAGUUGAACUUACUAAAUCACUCAGUCAGUAUUGCACACUAGUUUUAUUCCAGGUGCAUUUGAAGCGCUCGUCGUGGAAUAAAAAGCAGCUGUCGAGUUGACGAGAAUAGUGCUGGGAAAGUUACAGAAGACAAAUUGAUUCCAAAAAAUACAAAUUUUCGCAGUAAAUCUAUUGCACUGAGUAAUUGACCAAGGAAAAGUCAUGCGACGUUGCAUCUUGUUCCUGGCCACGUGGAUAUGCGCAGUAGGAAGUAAUCCUUGCGUACAUCGCGAUUUUGGAAACAAUGGAACAGUCUGUGUAUGCAAUGCUACCUAUUGCGACAGCACUCCGGUACCCGAGGUUCCGGGCGUUGGUUUCUAUAUCCGAUACACGUCGUCUAAAGACGGCUUGAGGUUUUCCAAGACCGAUGGCGUUUUUAGCAAAGAAGUGCCUACCCAUUCUGACAGUUUCCGACUAGACCCAAGCAUCACUUUUCAACCAAUUCAUGGAUUUGGAGGCGGUUUCAGUGACUCAGCGUGCAUAAACAUAAAAAACUUGAGCUCAGGGGCACAGGAGAACUUAAUGAGAACAUACUUCAGUAAGGAAGGUAGUAAUUACAAUUUUGGACGUAUUCCGAUUGGUGCAACUGACUUUUCCACAAGAGCAUAUACCCUCGAUGAUCACGACGGAGAUGUGCUACUGGAAAAAUUCAGUCUAGCACAGGAAGAUAUACUCUACAAAAUACCAGUGAUGAAAAGAGCUUUGGAAAUUAAUCCGGACCUUAAACUUUUUGCGGCAGCGUGGACUGCUCCACCUUGGAUGAGGACGAAUCACAAUUAUACAGGUUACGGAUUUCUACUAGAAGAAUACUAUCAGGUUUACGCCAACUAUCUUUUAAAGUUUAUGGACAAGUAUAGAGAUCACGGGCUAGAAAUGUGGGCUCUGUCAACGGGUAACGAACCUUGGAUUGGUACCAUAAACAUAUCUCACUAUGGGGCUAUGGGCUUCACACCAAAACACAUGGGCAAGUGGGUUGCAAAUAACCUCGGUCCAACCAUUAGCAAAUCAAAGCAUAACAGAACUCUCAUUCUUACUUACGACGACGUAAGAUCACACCUGGAUUCGUUCAUCAAUAUAAUGUUUGAGAACGAAUUAGCCAGGAGUUACAUAGCGUCCAUUGCUAUUCAUACGUAUGAGGACACACUGUAUCCCACAGUCCUAGUUGAAAAAAUUCACCAAGAUUACCCCGACAAGUUCAUAUUCAUGACCGAGAUUUCUACGGGGGAUCCACAACCAGACACUGGACUUGUACCUUUGGGAUCUUGGGACUUUGCCGAAGUGUACAUAAUGGAAAUGUUCCAAAAUUUUGAAAACUGGGUAGCUGGAUGGGUGGACUGGAAUCUCGCUGUGAACAUGUACGGUGGGCCCAAUUAUCAAGGCAAUUACAAGGAUGCUGCAAUUAUCGUGAACGCGGAAGUCGAUGAAUUUUACAAACAACCGUUAUACUACGCCCUUACACAUUUCAGCAAGUUCACGCCACCAGGGUCGAUAAGGGUAGGACUUGCUCAUGGCAAUACAUCAGUCAAAGCUAUGGCUUUCGAAACACCCAAAGAAGAGACGAUUCUUCUAAUAUAUAACAAUUGCACAACAGACCAAAAUGUUGCUAUUAAUGAUCCAAGAAGAGGAAACAUCCACUUACAUUUGCCACCAAAAUCAAUUCACACCAUUUUGUACAAAUGACGCACAUGUGAAUACUGAAUAUAUGCAGUGUGUAGAGAAAUUAUAGUGUUCCAACGAAGUAUUUCUGUUAAAAUGACGUUUACAAAUCGAAUGAAUUGAGAAAUUAUACGUCAGCGAAUUGCUUCUUCAUUAUAUGUACAACUUAUUUGAAUAAAACCGUCGUGAAUAUUUAAUCGUG